AUGUCUAAUUUAGUAGUUCACGUCAUUGACGUUGAAAGUGGAAACUUACAAUCCUUAAUCAAUUCUAUUGAAUACUUAGGUUAUAAAGUACAACUAAUUAAAACAGCUCAAGAUCCCGAAUUGAACAAAGCUGAAAGAUUAAUCCUUCCUGGAGUUGGUAACUAUGGACACUUUGUUGAUAAUUUAUUUUCACGUGGGUUUGAACAACCAUUGAAACAAUAUAUAGCUUCAGGGAAACCAAUUAUGGGGAUUUGUGUUGGGUUACAAGCAAUGUUUGCCGGAUCGAUUGAAAGUCCUCAAAGUUCUGGUUUAAAUUAUAUCUCUGAUAUGAAAUUAUCUAGAUUCGAUGACUCAGAAAAACCUGUCCCUGAAAUUGGUUGGAAUAGUUGUAUGGAAAAUGAAAAUGGAUUCUUCUAUGGUUUGGAUCCAUUUAAAAGAUAUUAUUUUGUUCAUUCAUAUGCAGCAUUGCUGAAUGAACGUAUUGAAACUCAUUUGACUAAAGAUGAAGGUUGGAAAUUAGCAAAAGCGAGAUACGGAUCUGAAGAAUUUAUUGCUGCCAUGUGGAGAGACAACAUUUUUGCAACCCAAUUCCAUCCUGAAAAAUCCGGUAAAGCUGGGUUGGCUGUUAUCGAUAAUUUUUUGAAGCAACGACAUCCAAAGUUGCCAGAUUAUACUGAAGAUGAAAAGGAACUAUUAGGUAAUGAUUAUUCCAAUUAUGGAUUAACGAGAAGAAUUAUAGCAUGCCUUGAUGUUAGAUCCAAUGAUCAAGGUGACUUGGUUGUAACGAAAGGUGAUCAAUACGAUGUUCGUGAAAAAGAUUCAAACAAUGAUGUCAGAAAUUUAGGGAAACCUGUCCAAUUAGCCGAAAAAUACUAUCUCCAAGGUGCUGAUGAAAUUACAUUUUUAAAUAUUACCUCUUUCAGAGACUGCCCAUUAAAAGAUACACCAAUGCUACAAGUACUAAAGAAUGCGGCAAAGACAAUAUUUGUUCCUCUAACAGUAGGUGGUGGUAUUAAAGACAUAGUGGACACCGACGGGACGAUGAUUCCGGCCUUAGAAGUUGCCAGCUUAUACUUUAGGUCUGGUGCUGAUAAAGUAUCUAUUGGUACAGAUGCAGUCUUUGCUGCUGAAAAGUUCUAUGAAUUGGGUGGUCGUGGAGAUGGUACCUCUCCAAUUGAAACUAUUUCGAAAGCAUAUGGAGCACAAGCGGUCGUUAUUUCAGUCGAUCCAAAGAGAGUAUACGUAGAUUCACCAAACGAUACCAAAAAUAAGACUUUUAAAACAGAACUCCCAGACUCUAAUGGACGUACUUGGUGUUGGUAUCAAUGUACCAUUAAAGGUGGUAGAGAGACAAGAGAUUUAGGCGUAUGGGAAUUGACAAGAGCAUGUGCAGCAUUGGGCGCGGGUGAAAUCUUAUUGAAUUGUAUAGAUAAAGACGGUUCAAAUUCUGGUUAUGAUCUUGAAUUAAUAAAGCAUGCAAAGGAAGCUGUUAAAAUCCCAGUUAUUGCAUCAAGUGGAGCUGGUUUGCCACAACAUUUUGAAGAAGCUUUUACUUCCACUGGUGCUGAUGCAUGUUUAGGUGCCGGUAUGUUCCAUAGAGAAGAAUACACCGUCAAUGACGUCAAAGAAUAUCUGUUAAGACACGGAUUAAAAGUCCGUAUGGAUAAUGAAUGA